UUUCUAGACGGCGACAGUUUUUUGCAGCACAUAUUGUAUGCGUACCUUGAACUUUGCAAGUUGAUAUUGAGCUAGCAGCUCGGUCUUUAUACUGCAUAUAUUUUUGAUGAUGCUGAAGUUGCGCAGCUCUCGCUGCGCCGUGCAUGCCUCGGCCCUGCAUCGGUGGACGUGCAGCAGCUCAAAGGCCUCCUUAUUUAAACGCUGCGGAGAUGCACGGCGUAUCUGUCACCCCGGGGGCAUCAGCUCCUUAAUGAGAAAAAGCCCGAAAUCGGAGCCCGAUGGCUGGGAGUGUCAUCGCCGUGUAACUUACUCAGCCUCCAGGGAGAAUGUCAGAAUAGGGUGUGCUUCGGGUUUCUGGGGAGACACAGCCACCGCGGUUCCACAGCUGAUACACGGAGGGAACCUGGACUUCUUGGUGUUUGAUUACCUCUCAGAGAUCACCAUGUCGCUUCUUACAGCUACCAAAGCAAAGGACCCCAACCUGGGGUUUGUCUCUGACUUUGUGCAAGUUUUAUCACCAUUCAUCAAGGAGCUUCAUAAAAGAGGCAUGCGCGUGGUCAGCAAUGCAGGGGGGGUGAACCCGCUGGCCUGUGGAAGGGCCUUACAGGAGACUGUUCGGAAAGCUGGCCUGGACAUGAAGGUUGCCGUGGUAACUGGGGAUGACCUCAUGGCCCAGAAAGACUUACUGACAGAAGUCAGGAUGGCGGACAGCGGAACCACUCAACGUCUCCCUAAAGGCACCCACAGUAUGAAUGCAUACCUGGGCGCGCAGCCCAUCCGGAGGUGCCUGGACCUGGGGGCGGAGAUAGUCGUCACGGGCCGCUGCGUGGACAGUGCUGUGGUCCUCGGGCCCCUCCUGCACACGUUUGGAUGGGAGCAGUCAAACUACGAUCUGCUGGCGGCCGGGAGCCUUGCAGGGCACCUGGUGGAGUGCGGUGCCCAGAGUACGGGGGGCAUUUUCACGGACUGGCACACGGUGCCUGACUGGGAUAACAUGGGCUUCCCGGUGGCGGAGUGCCGUGCCGAUGGUACCUUCGUGCUGUCCAAGCCCCCGCGCACCGGCGGGCUCGUCUCCUUCGGCACGGUCACGGAGCAGCUGCUGUAUGAGAUCGGCGACCCCACGCGCUACCUGCUGCCAGACGUCACCUGUGACUUCUCACGUGUCACCAUCACCGAGAUCCCAGGUGUGGAUGGCGGGGCUGUCAGGGUCGAGGGUGCAAAAGGAACACCCCCAUCCAGUGAUUACAAGGUGUGCGCCACUUACAUGGAUGGGUUCCGGGCUACAGCUGUUUGUCCCGUUGGGGGCCCCCGAGCUGCGGAGAAAGCCAGAAGGACCGCGGAGAGCAUCAUUAAAAGGACACGGACCAUGUUCAGGCAGCUCGGCUUCGCAGACUACACCUCUGUCAACAUGCAGGUACUUGGUACCGAGGACACCUAUGGCCCUCACGCCACCAACUGGAAGCAGGGACCUCGGGAGGUUGUUCUGUGGAUGGCCGUCCAGCAUCAGCAGAAAAAGGCCCUAGAGCUGUUCUCCAGAGAAGUGGCUCCGGCGGGAACGGGAAUGGCCCCUGGACUCACGGCGAUAGUGGGGGGGCGGCCCAGAGUCUCCCCAGUUCUGAGACCGUUCUUCAUCCUCCACCCCAAGUCAGCGUUAAAGGUAGAUAUUUACCUGGAUGGGGAAUAUGUGGGAGAGAUGAAGCACGAUGAUGUUUCCCAGCAAGAAGUGUGUGAUUCCCCUCCUGACACGGAGGAGACCGGGGACACACUCAGAGACUUGCCAAGUGGACUGCACAGUUAUAGAGUGGAGGAGCUGGCUUAUACCCGGAGUGGAGACAAGGGCGACACGGCCAAUAUCGGUGUCAUAGCGCGACACCCCCUCUACUAUCCUUACCUGAAGAAGUUCCUGACGGCUGGUGUCGUCGAGCAGUACUUCCGGCACCUCAUCAACCAGGAUGGCGGCGCCCCCCCAGUCGUGCGGUACGAACUGCCUGGGAUCCAUGGCCUGAACUUUCUCCUGCGGAGCUCUUUGGGUGGGGGAGGGGUGGCCUCCCUCCGCAGUGACCCUCAGGGCAAAGCCUAUGGUCAGAUGCUGCUGGAUUAUGAAAUUAAGGGACUGCCGGACCUGAAGUCUCUUGUGGAUUGACCGGAACCGCUUGCAGACGAGUGACAAGGUGCUGACGUGUCUCCACGGUGCAUUGCAUUCCGGGCGGCGUCCAGCUGUCACACACAACCCCGGCUGCUGUUAGCGGGAAUCUAGCUGCGCACGUCACUCUUCACGGAGGCCGCAUGUGACCCACGGACAGGAGAAGUCGUGCUGCCAUAUAACUGAAUUUACAUUAAGUUUAUGUAGCUGAUUUCUGCACAUACAUUGCGACUAAUUUAACAGUUUUCAUUAUCAGAUGCCCUUUUAUAAAUGCAAUAAAAUUACAAAAGUAUCGCAUUACAUUUUUUGGAUCCAUCUUGUUCCAUGCAUUUUGCGUAAUUCCUUUCCAGCCGCUGGGGGAAACGUUUGCCGUCUUUCUUCUGCUUUACCUGCACGGGAUCGACUUGCCCUGACCUUGACCGUUGACCUUAAAGGCCCAGGAGUGACAUUUCUCCAUCAUGUUCGUCUGGGAAUUGUAAUUUUAGAGCCUUGCAAACUAAGGGGCAGCUUUCUCUGCUUUUAUAUGAUUGUUUUCCUUUCAAUGAAGCUAAAAUUUUGCGAGAAACCUGAGAAGACCCUGAAGGCGUCUUUUUAAAAGAUUAUUUUCGUCACAUGUUGUGUACCGGGCUUGGACCUCUGUUUAUCUUAGAAAAGUAAAAGGCGUUGAAAAAACAAAAAGCGAUAUUUUCACUGCUAGUCUGGACAAUGCACAUUUCUGUUUGCCUGUGUAGCCAUUAGCAUCGAACUGUUGACGUCUAGGCUGUGCUCAAGGAUUAUAUGUAAAGGGAGGUGGGUGAAAACUCGCUACAGACUGGACAAGUCAAACAGGGCAGUGGCGCAGAAGGAUGUGAGAAUUAUUGCUGUGUAAAAUCUUUGUGUAGUAAAUACAACUAAGUGUAUUUCUAACUGGCCGAAACAGAGAAUCUAAUGGCUCAAUAAGGUUUUUCUAAAUAAAAAAUAUGCAAUGAC